AUGCCCUUCCGAAAGCCUCUCCGUCCGUACGACCCUGACAAGCCAGGCAAUGCCCCCCGCAUCUCGAAUGUCACCUGGGAAGGCUUUCGAGAGCUGAUCACUACGCUUCGCCAUGGAGGGUGCUCGAAGACGACAAUACUGGCAGCAUUGAAGAGGAGGAACUUUGAGCCUUCAUAUGCCCAGCUCAGGCGCCAAAUACAAAAAUGGGGUCUGAAUGGGGACACAAACGAGGCCACAUUUGUCGAUCCACCCCUGCCUUCGACCGAGGCUGCGAGUUCUCUGAAUUUCGAGUUUGACAGCUCCGUCGAACCACACGUUAUACCAGGUCCUGUACCGGACGUUGCGCUUGACAGCCCGUUGGAUCCGAACUUACGGGCAAGCCCCGACGCCAGGAUGCGACCUGACCGUGUAUUGGGAGGGACAAAAGACCAGACAACCUUAGCGGAACAGAGUCCCCCUUCUUCGGGAGGGAUGCAACUCGAGCAACAAGCCGCGCGAAGUGGACCAAAAUCCCAAGUUGCUGGUUCUCUUACCAGAAACUCACCGGAGAUGUCGCCUUUGCAACGGACAAGCUCUCCUUACAUGAAUUCGCACGACAUCAUUUCCUCUCCGUCGGGACGCACGAGUGUUGGCAGCGGUCGCCUGGAGAGGCAAUCCUCGCAGAUCUCUUCGACUCCUCCUCUAACGCUUGCGGAGACUGCUUCAACGGACGAUGCGUCGAUAACCGACAGGAAGCUCAGUGAGGAGGCUUCUUCUCUUUUGGUGGAUCGCGCUUCGCCUUCACAAGGGAGUCACUACAAGGUGAUAUCGCCUUCCUCGCUGCUCGCUCUCUGGCCCGCUUUCGAGGGUCCCCUGAGUCUCUCUGCAUCAGAAGUUCGCGAGAUUCAAGGGGUUGCUGCCACUCUCGCCGCCGGCCGCCUUUUCGAUGAUGCCUUCGAUCUAUUCUUUGUUGAAUACAAAUAUUGGCAGGCUUGCACAAGCAAGCUCUCAGCGGACGAGAUAUACCCCCUGUCGGCCACGUCAAUCCACAGCUCCGUGCGGUGCAUGGUCACUGCGGCCAUCAAUUGCGCCCGAAACUCUAGUCCUGGUGCCCGGGCAGAGAUUGCAUACGAAACGCUGUUAAAUGUUCAGCCCCUACUUCAGGCAUAUGGCUUUGCGCACAAUCUUGACGGGGCUUUACUCAAUCUCUAUCUGUCACAAUUGCAGUACCACUCUGCCUUCGCAGAGCUUCAAGAUCCGAAGGAGACUGCGCUUCGCCUUGCCGUCAGCUGCAUUGGGGAACGCUUCGAGGUCAUUCUACCGGAAAUCCAGGAUCGCGAAUACCUCUGGAUCAUCAGUUCUCUGAAGAGAAUGUUAAGAGACGGUCUACCAAGCGGUACUUGGCAUAUGGCAUCACGGUGUCUCGAGCCGCAUGUGGCAUAUCAUAAUCAUCUGUUCGAUUGUGAAGAAGCCAGGAUGGCACUGAGGACGAUACUCGAAUGGUGCAAAGCUUUUGUGAAGAAGCAUAGGCAUACUCUUACCAGGGUCGGCCUUCGCUCGCCGGGUUCUGCUUGGACGCGAGUAUCUGCCGUUUGGGCUAUGUAUUGCUCCUGCGUUUUGGCCAUCUCCUCAUUCGAUCUGCUCGUCCAGAAUACCGAAUCAAUAUAUCAAGUGCCACUAUGCCCACAUGGGGUCAAGCCGUUGAAACUUGACGUCCUGAUGGCAUUGGCAGCGAUCUGCCAAAGUUUCUUGAGCUCGGGAAUUGAGAAGUCUAGGCGUCGACUUUUUGGCCCGCUCUUUGGUGACUAUCUCGAGACUGAAAUCAAUGCCACGCUCACGGCCUGGCCGACACAGAGUUCCGAAAUCAUUAGACUCUACCUUUUACGGAUGGACGAUAUACCCACCGCACCGGAAGGUACCCAGGUAAUGAGCGGAGUACCCUGGUUCUUGGUGGAAGGAUACAUUGUACCGGCCUUUCGCACGCGCGAGUCCUCGCAAAAAAUCGACCGCACGUCGUUCUCAGGAUCUGCUUUGUUAGCCCAUUCAUCGAUUCGCUCAUCUGGACACAGCACUUCACGAAACAGCUUCGCCAGCUCAUUCCAAUCGUCGAUCAACAGCAUUCGGUCUUCCAUGAGCUUGGAUACCAAGCGAACACUUGCGCAAAUGCUCGAAACAAGAGAUCGAUUGCACCGACCCUGGUCGGUGCUUUCAACCUUGAGCAAAAAUACCAGCAGUUCGGCUGCAAUAUCAAUUGGAUCUCAAGGAAGCAACAACUUUGAGAGACUCACCGGGAUGCCGUCUACUAGCCCAGAUGUUGACUUGGCUGAGAAUGCCAAUUUGUGGGCCCCCGAAGACGGGGAUCUGAUGGCAAUUGACCCAACUUUUGGGGAGACGGACGAUGUUGAGAUGGCCAAUAAUCCCACAACCUCGUGA